AUGCUAAACGGCUUUAUCAUCAGCUCUUUUUCAUGCAUUGCAAGGCAGGUCUCCAAAGGAUAUGCAAACUUCAAAAAAAUCGGAGUCAGACAAAAAGCUAAACCAGUUCAGCUUUGUAGGGCCCCUGGCCUUAUCGCCAGCGAUAAAAGCGCUGCCAUGAAAAUGUACCUUCUGUAUGAACUCAUUCCAUACACACCAAAGCUCUAUCUCUUCAAAAACUAUCAAGAAUGUUCUUCAACAGAACUGCCAGAAAGUGAUAGUGUCAUCAGCAAACAUUGUGACUUUACCCUUCAAAAUGAAAUGUGGAAGGUUACCUAA